UAAGGGGUAAUAAUCUGUAGACAGGAACCUGACAACAUGGCAUUAUCUUAAUCUGAGUAACUUGCCUUCCAUGCUGGCACUUCUGCCUCCUUAUUAAGCAAUCACAGAAAAUGGUAAGCCAUUACAUCCAGAUUUGUGUUUACAAUUUAGCUAAAACAUACUCCAUUGUUUUAUACAGCAUCUUCCUACUUGAAGUGACUUAAAACAGUGUGCUCCAAAACCUACACAUACUUGACACGAAUAAAUUGGUAUUCUCUUUAUUUGACUCUGCAAUCAUCAAAAAUCUUGUACCUGACAGAGACGGCAUACAUGGGACAGACGUGGGAGCCAGAUGCACAAGAUCUCACAGAUGAGGAGGAGCAGCGAGUACCAGCAAGGUCCAUUUACAGACUGGUAAUCUUAGACAUACGCUUCUCCCACUUGUCCCAAUGUUCGUAAACAGAGGAUUAUAGAGAAGAUGAGAGGUAAUAGCUCUUCUUAAACAUUCUUUUCUCUAGGCUGUUGCAAUCUCAUUUCACAAUGGAAAAAUUAAGAUUCGUCUUGAUUACAGACUGCCCAUCCACGUCAAUGGGAGUUGUCUGCACCAUUGUGAGUGCACUGUAAGGUACAGAGGCAGACUGUAGCAGAGAUGGCUCAUCUAAAGAAACCAUAGUCUUGCCACAUGGAGCAACUCAGCUCCAGAAAACCCUUGCAGCAGUCUCUUCAACUUCUGGGAUUCGCUAUCUAGAGAUUAUUGUCUUUAACUAUACACUAGGGUCCCUGGAAAAAGAGGUCUAUUAUUUAUCAUGCAUAAAAUAACUUUUUACAUUCCAAAACCCAUCUGAAAAGUCUUACAUCUGCUUUUUGAGUACCAUGUGUGUGGAAAGGAAGGUUAAGUAACUUCCUCAUGAUUCUUUCAUGUACCAAGAGUGAGAAGCAGAAUCAAAAGCACGAUUCUCUGCUCCAAAUAAGCUUGGUAAGACAAUACUUACCCCCAGCUGACAAACUCAAAGCUGAACACCCUGUGAAUGUCACAGAAGUUAAAUAAGGUUGUGGCUUUCAAUCUUUACCAUAAUUCUUUGGGCCAGCCACCCUUUUGCUUGCAAAUACACCAUGGAGUUCUGGUAACACGUUAGGUAGGUUUUAAAAAAAAAGGAAGAGUUGGCGCAACCUGUAAGCUGACCAGACAAAGUACAAGUGGAAGGAGAGUCAAUCAUUAGCCAGACAGACAGGCCUUGAACCAGAUCACUUCAGCAGAUGCUAACUUAGUAAUUCCCUCUUGCUCCGAAAUGAACUUUGUUCCUGUGAUGACUGACAGCUGAUGCAACGAUAAGAGAAUGAAGUCUAUAAAAAUCUAGCUGAAGCUUGGGAAGUUCUAUUUGGGGCUCUUCCUACCUCCUCCGCCCAAGGCUGGUCCUACAGUCAGUGUGACAGCUCAUACUGAGAAGAUGCACUGUUGGAAGGUGAUGGCAGUCUUUCUGCUCUGCUCACUGCUGCUCAGCCAGACACACUGCGCUUCCUUGCACCAACAACAGCCCCAGCUAACAAGACAGAGGCGGAUGACACCUUUCUGGAGAGGAGUCUCACUAAGACCCAUUGGAGCCUCGUGCAGGGAUAACAGUGAAUGCAUUACAAUGCUGUGCAGGAAGAACCGCUGUUUCCUCAGAACAGCCUCAGAGUGACCUGUCACGAUGAAAAACGCCCAUCACUGUUACUGCUAACAAUGCUCCACUCUACUUGUGAAAUAUUUAUUGACUGUUCAAAAGCUAGGACAGUGAAUCGAGCAAUAAGUAUAUUUAACACUUCUGUCAUAUGAACUGAUAAAAAAGGACUUCAAACAACUUGAGAGCAUUUCCUAACCAAGGCUGUACCUCUGCAGCACACGCUUCAGGAUGACUCUCUGGCCAAGCUCAGUAAAAGGACUCUGCAUCUCGUGUUUGUUUUGGUUUUUUGUAAUGGUUCUUUUUUUUUUUUUUUUUUUUUUUCCUCUGAGGUGUGAAUUAAAAAUUUAUAUUCAGCAAACCACCUUGGUUUUUGCUCAAUACCUUGGUUUUCCUUGUAUCCUGUGAGCAAAGUGUAUGAUGAGUGCACAGCUGGUGUUUCGGAGUGCUUAUUUCAAACUGGACUUUAGACAUUUAUCCUUCAACCUGGCAAGUGCAUAAAGUAGAUCAUGCUUCCAUCUCAUUUCAGUCUCAACAGCUGAACUCUUAUCAGUACUUCAGAUAAAGGCCUGUUAGAAAGAGGGAGCAAACAAACCGAUAAUACUGAUAGCAUUUUCAAUAUCCCAAAUAUAUCCAGUGAUAACUGGAAGGAAAAGUAUUUACUUUUAAUUACUUCUAAUCAAAUUUACUUAAAUAAAUGUCCUAGACUGACUUGUGCCACUGAAGUAUCUACUAUUUUAAAAUAAAUUGAUCAAACCCCAA